GGCCGCAUGCAAGUGCGCAUUAAAUGUGUCGGUAGUGUGUCGUAUUCGUUCCACUCGCACUUUUCCACGUUUCACCAUCUAGAUUCUUCUCUGAGUAUAUUACCAAACCAUCGCUUUUCAUUCGAACGUAUUCCACCCGAUGGAGCUACGUCAGCCGUAUACUCGGCAUGCUUCUUCACGCGCUUGCACGCUGUUGUGCGAUGUAUCGUGAUAUUUCUUCGCUAUAGUGUUAGAAAGCUUUCCAAGAAGAGAAAGGGAUUCGCGAAGAGCAAUACGGACAAUUUUCUGUACAGACUCGUAGUCUCGUGUUUUGAUGAACAUCAUCGACGAAAAAAGAUAAAACAAGAAUCAAUUGUAAUGUAUUCCAAUGGAGGGAACUGCCGCUUCUCAUUACAUGAGGGGGAGAAUCAGAAGUAGGAGGAGAAUAGAGUAACACACGGGCAUGAGAAAGACGACGGUACGGGACGAGACACUUGAAGUGCGCGGCGCGCAGGCGGAAGUUCGACGUGCGUUGUUAUGUUUUUUGCGGAACUAGAUGUGCGACGUUGUUAUUUGCCACGGAUUUUUCGAUCUGUCGUUUUCAUUUCGGAACUAGUGCGUGGUGUUAAUGAGAUCAUGAUCUUUGCUUGAAUUGUCUUUAUGAAUCGUUCGAAUCAAGACAGAGAGAGAGAGAUAAUAAGAAAAGACUGAGCAGUGCAACAGGCCAGCGAGACAGUGUAAUAGAAACAAUUAGGAAAUAAGAGAAGGUGACAGAAAGAAUUUGCCAACGAACCGGUGAUUGCUAUCGUACUACGUAGUUUUGCGUUUGUGUUGUUAGUAGCAAUGUGCAUGCGUUGACGUAUACGUGUACGAAAAAGACAAGACGGAAUAUAGAAACAUGUCGGUCUGCUGCGCGCGCAUGUGAUUGUUCUCCCGCGAAAAUGCAAUACAAGAUUAGUACUCAUCGCAUGGUAUCAACUAGUAUACAUAUUUUUAUAAAACGUGUGGAACGCGUUAUUUUAUCGAAAGAACUAUUUCAUUCGGUAGACACAUAAAAUUGUAAUUCGAGGUUAUGUGUAACAUAGUGUUUUCCUGACGGUUGUGGUUUUAUACUUCAAGCAUCAGCGUUCAUUGGUUGCCAAGAACCUGAAAGUAUAACAAACAAUCUCGUCAGAAGCAAAUUUUUACUUCGAUAACAUUAGAAUGUGAAACUUGAAUUGGAUAGGAACGUACGGUACCGAGAAUCGAUUCUCCGCACGUCGAACGAAUGAUACAUGUAAUGUACAUCCUUUCGACAAGCAUAAAAUAUUAGAAGAUUAACGAAUCGACAGCCUAGCGUAGAGCUGUGCUUGGAACAUCUCUUCGAAAUUAUUCUUUGUGGCGAGAAGACUUCGAAUCGAGGUCACCUAUGUACCGUGAAGAGAACGAGCAAAACAGAACCGCAAACCUGGUUCCCCAGCAGUCAAAUGGUGCAAACACGUUUGAGCAUCUGGAACAUUCGCAGGACAGCAUGGAAAACGGGGACGAGGUGGUUUCCACACGAGUCCAAACGGACGCAUCGUCGUCCACCAACAGCACGCCAAGACCACGUGCACCACGAAAUUGUGCUCGAUGUCGCAAUCAUCGGCUGAAGAUCACCUUAAAAUCACACAAGAGGUACUGCAAGUAUCGUUAUUGUAACUGUGAGAAGUGCAAGAUCACAGCCGAUCGGCAACGAGUGAUGGCGCAGCAAACAAAGCUAAGAAGACAACUGGCGCAGGACGAAGUCAAAGUCAGAGCGGCAGAAGAGAAAUUGAAGAAGACGAAAGUUUGGAGAUCAUAUGAAACAGUGGAUCCAUUGCCAUUUGGUGCAGAAAACGAUCGAGUUUCGUCUAUUCCUCAGCCAGCUAUAAGUAUCGAGGGUAGUUAUGAUAGCAGCAGUGGCGAUUCACCGGUCAGCAGUCACGGUAGCAACGGCAUACAUACUGGUUUUGGUGGUGUCAUCAGUAUUCCUCCUUCCAGAAAAUUACCGCCGAUGCAUCCCCAUACAGCAACGAUUUCCCACUUGCCGCAGUCGCUAACCAGUGAAAGCGUGGAAAUCCUGCUGGAACAUAGUACCAAGCUCGUAGAACUCUUCCAAUAUCCUUGGGAAGCGAUAUUGUUGAUGUACAUCAAUUUAAAAUAUGCAGGAGCUAAUCCGGAGGAAGUCGUGAGGCGCAUGGUCGAUGCUUCCAUAGUCUUCUAUCCGAAAAUCUACAAAUUUUUUUUGCUUAUCGUAAAUUUAUGGCCUACUUGAACGCGUUAUGGCAGCAGAAACAUUUCACAGGCUUUUUUUGUAUGAUUAUUUGAAUUUCGUAAAGUUUUCUUAAAAGCGAUAUCGAUAGAAGAUUCUUUUCCCAAGUUUGUCGCGUUCUGCCUUCUUGAAGUUUUCAUUGGAGAAGCGACAAAGGUAAAUUUAACUGUGAUUCAACGAUUGGAAGACAGUUUUCUUUUCUCGCACGUGGAAGUUGCAGGGUGAUGAAAUUGGCAACAUUUAAAGCGAUAAACUUCCUUCACUAUCGUGGUGCUACAUCGUGAUAUCAUCGUUCAGAAUUGAUUUCACCAUUACGUUGAUUUCCAAAUUUUUUGUUAUUAUUGUACAAAAUUAUGGCAUGCUGAGUUCCCCGAAAAAUAAUUCAGAAUCGGAGACAUGAACCUUUCAAAUUGUCGCAAUAAAGAAAUAUUUCUGGACAGGAUAGGGUGAAUAAUCCGAUUUAGCAUCGCAUAACGUAUUAUAGCUUCUUCGUUCGUUUUCGCGAUAUUUACGCUGCCAAUCUCCUGCUGCUAAUUUCGUUACGUUCACGGUUCUCCACUUGUCACUAAGAAAAUUUUCCACGUAUGCGUCUCGCUGAUUGAGUUACGAAAUCAUCGUUUUCGAAGACUCUUUAUGGCCGAAAACGGUCCUUCGAUGAUUUCUAUAUAUGGUUCAACACCCCAAGAUUCGUUAUGAUUUGGUCUACAUAGGAAGAUUUGGUUUAAUAUCACCAAGAAGAUGUAUGUAGAAAUAUGUACAUUAUACACAUCUGCGAAUAAGCCACGUAGGAUAAUUUGAAAUGGAAUUCGAAGAAUUUAGAGGUAUGUAUGAUAUUCGCAAAAAUGAGUAGAUCGAAGAUGUUUAAUAAUUAAUUCAUAUCCAAAUCAAUUUAAAAUGUAUUAUUUUUGAUCGAAUAGCGUCAAUUUCUGAUCGAGGUUACAUUUGCAAUUUAUAUAUAUAUAGGCAUGUAUUUGGUGUCAUUUUAAUCAGAAGACUUUCGCAAAUACGUUAGGAAAAGUAUAAUUUAAAAAAUAUCAAAAAUAUUGGAAAUAAAAAAGUUACAUUAUUGUCUCACGGAAUAUUACCGUUUCUUUAAUGGACGAUUGAAUUUUGUUUAGAUGUUACCUCUCAAAAAACAUCUCUUCUGGAAUUUCUUUAUAUCUGCAACAUGUAAAUUAUGUUAUAAUUAUAGGCAGAAUAAAGUUUAAAAGGCAUAUAUUAUUACAAAUACUUUAUCUACUUUUACGAGUACGUGCAUACAACGUAUUACUAAAUUUCCAGAUCAUUUUUAAGAUUAUCUGCUAUACGAGAGUUUAAGUUUUUCGGUGUCAUCACAUCGUAAUUGAUAUUUUCUGUGUUCGUCGGUAUUUUAUGAAUCAUCGUAUAAAUCAGUGUGUCAUUGAAAUACAAUAUUUUGCACGCGAAGAUUUGAGCUCGAGAAAUUCCCGAUUCAGUCAAAUGGAAUUUGCGACGAUUAUCAAGACGAUCAUGACUGAUGGCGUUCCUUGAGCGUGAACAACCGCAUCAACGAUAAUGCUUCGUGUCUGCUUAAGAUCACUCUCAUUGACGUUAAUUGUAAGCAUCGAUAUACACUGCUGACUAUAAGUCACUGGACGCUUAAUAAUGGAUAUUAAUUUGAAAAAAAUACAAAAUAUGUUUUGAAGAUUGUUACCGUAAAAUUGCUUUAAUAAACAUUACGGUUGAAGUUUACAAGUUUCUGAAAAUGUAUGUGUUUCUGGGAAUCUAUGUGAGUCAUGCACAUCGUUUCAUUUCUUUCAAAGGCUAACCUUUUCUAUUGAAAGAACGUGCACACAGAUGUUACAGUUGUAUGUUAGUAUGUCACACGCUAUGAAGAAGGCAAAAGUUACUAUUAUGUAAAAACAGAUCGUUUUUUGUAGAAGGUGAGCUUUUACAGUGACCAAGUUAAAAGUUCAUGAAGAGAAAUCAGUUAAGUUUUGUAUAUAUAAAUACGAUAUUAUUUAUUGUUAAUAUAAAUGAAACGAGACGUUAAAGAGUGAGGAAUCGCUAAGUAAAAAAUGGUUAAGACCAACACACUGGUAAUUUGAUUUAACUUGUCUUUUCCGGUUAAAACUAGAAAUACCCAGAAAUAAUUAGAUAAAGAUUUCUUUUAUUCUGAUAUUUUUUUAAAGUACACUUUUGCUAUGUCUUAAAAGCAAUUCGCUAAUAUUUUAAGCAAAACACAGAAAUGUACUUAAAAGACAAAAGCUUUUAGAACAAUUAUAUUUGCUAUCUGACUAAUCUUUCUAGCGCAAUCUUCUUCUUAAUGGAAUGACUGUCGACGUUUUGCUUAUGCACUUACGGAUUGCUGUUACUUAAGUUUACUUACAAUUAUAAUAUAUAUUUCAAUAUUUUACAUAUAGUAUCUUAUUGUAAUAUCAAAAAUGUUGCGAAUUUGACAAAUAUAUCUCUUUCUUUAAUUUGAACGUUUCAAUUGAUCCCGGCGUAGUGCCGAUUCCUGUUAACUUUCACAUUAUGCAAACUAUUAAUAAGUUGAUACAUUCGCUACUAUUAACAUAUACGUUGCGUUGUCUUGAUGAUCUAAAGCUUUCUUAGCUACUUGAUUCUGAUACGAUUACUGGAAUUGCGCUUUAACAAAAAUAUUGAGGAAGGAAAAUAAGGCAGUCCAAGCAGCUUACUGUCGAGCCUAUCCAAACUCAUACCAUAUGCAUACCAUAUUGGAUGAGACAAUGAAACGAGACGUUUCAAAUCAUCAAUUUGGAUUUCGAAAACGGCAUUCAACAGCUGAACGGGUACACCGUAUUACACGUAAUGUUAGCCAAGAAUUGUAAAAGAAAAAAUAUUGCUCAGCAGUAUUCUUGAACGUUAAACAAGUUUUUGAUAAACUAUGGCACCCUGGACUGCUAUACAAGCUCAACAAAAUUUUGCUUUAUCGAUACUAUCUAAUUAUGCAUCCUUACUUAAACAGUAGACAACUUUAGGUGAGAUUUUUAGAUACUGCAACUACAGUUUUCCCUAUUGAGGCUGGAGUACUAUAAGACAGUGUACUUGGACCAAUCUUAUACUCUAUCUAUACGACAGACCUAUCCACUUUGGUCAACGUCGCUACAGCUGCAUUCGUCGAUGAUAUUGCAGUUCUAGCAGCGGAUGAAAAGCCUGAAGUAGCUUCUUCAGUCCUUCAAGAGCACUUGGACAAAAUUGUGAAAUGAUGCCAUGAAUGGCAUAUUAACAUAAAUGAAAGCAAAUCAACGCAUGUUACGUUCAUCUUACGCAAACGCGCGUGUCAGUUAAGGAACAUGUUAAGGAAGAAAUUUCUAAAUUUAAUAACCGCUACGGCACACAUGUUUGACUAAACAUUUCAAUCUUCUAGUCACCCAGUUUCUAAUUUAUUAAGAUAUGUAUCGAAAGAAGUAACCUCACCGUAAGGUUACACAUCGUGCUAUGGAAACACGAGAUCAUAAUUAUUCAAAAUUCUCCGUGAGAAUUGAUUGUCAUAUUUUUACCCCUUCCUCACCCCCGAAAAAGAAAAGAUAUUUAGAUUCAAUUCUGAUUUCUUAUUGUUAAGAAAUUAAGUUUUUUUUUUAAUUGAAGCACAAAAGGAUUAUUGUUUAUACGUAUUAUUUCCUGUCAUUUCGUGCGUUUACUUUAUACUGCGUGCGUGUCGAUGAUUUUCAUUUGCAGGCUUGUGACACUUGAUAAUAACCGUGAACUCAUUACACGUGGAAUACGAGACCAUAUCUAGAUUUUGUUGACCGGUAAGCGUGGCCAUUAUUACAGAUGCUUUCAGAGCUUGCCGCUAGUUCAUAAGUUUUGCACGUAAUUUACCGAUGCGAGUCUGUAAUUACGAUUGGGUCGAGAAUCGUGCGAUACGAAGAAAACGGCCCUGAGCUCGCAAAGUGGGAUCAAGAACUUCUUGUAAAAAAGAGGGAACACAUAGGGUACAGAACAACCUCUGGAGUAUUUUCGGGACAGAAAUCGAGAUAAAUUCUUACAUGAUCAGGCUUUAUUCAUAAAACGAAACUUGGAUACAAAACUGAGAAUUAGCUUAAUGAUCGGUUAUUACUCUGUUGAGGAUACUUUAAUAUGUAAGCUGCGAAUCUUACACCUGUCCACGGAUACCAAUUAUACCGUUAACUUAGCGGACCGGUGAUGAAGUUCAGCUUUGAGAAUAUUCACUGUCUUUGAACGGAAAAAUUUUUCGGAACGAACCCAUAAACCUGUGAACCGCUUAAAAAUGUCAAACGCCAAGUAUAUACCGCGGAUUGUAAAUCUAUGGUAUUUAAUAUAAAUUCGAUGUUUUCCAUUUUCCUUUUAUUUUCUAGUUGUUUCAUUCUAAAAUGUUAUUUCAAUUGCAUCAUGCGAUGGUCCGAUAGAUCUUUCGCUUUAUAUUCCAAAAACUUUAAUUAACAAUUAUCAUAAUAUAACGUUUAAAUAAUGUAUUUGUUAAAGUUUUCCUCUAGAUAUAAGGAGUAUAUAGAUGUCCUAAUUACGCGCAAAAAUUAUGGCGCAUAAUUACUGUUCUUCUUACGAUCAGGAGAAGUUAUUUUCUUCUUGAAAUUACGAACAUGGUCUUACAUUGAACUCGAUUAACAGUAUUUGGUGAAUUCUUGCUCAGUUGGACGAAGAAACGAAUCUUUGCUAGCAGUAUUAUGGUGCACAGAGCAGCAGCCGAAACCUGAAAUCGGCAUCGAAUUUUGCAUCGCAUCAGUGUGAAAGUGACUGCGGCGAAACCUGUUUACCACGCGACAGGUGUCUGCUUAUGAUUUAUCGAAGUGCUUGCCUUCUCUUUUCUUAUUUUCUCCCAAAUGGGGUGUGGCAGCAGAGAUGUCAAUUGCAUCAUAUUUUAUUUUUACGGCAACCAGCGCAUGCCUUCUUGCUCCGUUUUAAUUAAUCGCCAUAUCGGGACCUGGAGUAAUUAAUUAGGGUUUCCAGCAAUAUCGUAUUUCGAGAGACCAAGCUGAGACUUAAAUCGGUGUUCAUUUUAAAAAGGCGAGAGAUACUCCUUUUAACGUAUACAUACUGUAAAUGUAUUAAUGUUUUUAUAACCAACUCCAUUAUUCCAUAUAUUGUAGAGUGCGAACAAAGUUGAAUUCGGAACAAAAUUAUUUCAUUCGAAAAUUCGUGUUUGAGAAAAUUGAUUUCGGAAAUUUAAAACUUUACAAAAUCGGAAAAUUUAUGAUGCAAUUAUCUUUCCUUUCAUUUAUGUCUACUGUACUUCGUCUAAAAAAGUUAAAUAUAUUACUGCAUUUUUUAACAGAAUGUUAUUGUUUACUGAAAUUUUGCGGUAAAUCAGGACUAAGCAAAAUGUUCAUCUAGAGGCACAAAGAAAUUUACUUUAUCUUCUAAUAUCUACAACUUCUUUAUUCAUUUUCAUAUUGAUAGUUGAAUAGUAAUUGCGAACCAUUUUCAUUAUGGAUCAUUGAAGCGUGUUAUUUUCAAAGUAGCUUACUGUAAGUUAAUAGAUAAUGUACCACAUAAUUUUUUAUUUGAAUCUAAUUGACUACAUGCAAUCAUUUCUUUAUCAAUUCCGUUUUAUCGAACAGUACUACAAGGUGGAUAUUUCCCGAAAAAAUAUCAACCGAAUGUAAACACGGUAAUUAUCAUUACCAUUGGGAUUAACAAUCAAUUUCUGUCAGCGAAAAUAGUCAGGUAAAAGUUAAAAAUAUUCAAGCGUUUAAAAUGCGAGCCGGUAAUGUUAUCGAAUCAGGUUCCGCCGUUGAAAAAUAUCAGUGACAAAUUUAAACGCGUGGAUUCAGCGGGAAUAUUAAAAUUAUUCGACUUGCAUACAGUACUUUCUACAUAUAAAUUCGAGCAAACUCAAUGACACUGAUAAAGGUUGAUCGCUUAUCGACCUCGAGAUAUUCUUAACGGAGUGUACGUUCGAGCUUGCAUAAAAAUCGAUGAUUUUUUGAAAGCGUAAAGCAUCUAAAUUUAAAAUCCUUCAAAGAUUCUUGGAACUCGUGUAUAUUCUAUCAAAGAAGAGUCGAUAAUAUCCUUCGUGAUGCAGAACGAUAUUCAAAUGUUCUUUGACUGUGAGAGCGAGCUAUAUAACGCAAUCCAGUGUUCGUGUUUCUACUAAACUUCAGCUUUCCUACAUGAUACUGCAAGUGCAAGGUUACAGUGUACAUUCCGCGAUACGAGGCGGUUAAACAUUCAACCCAGCUCAUAUUUUUCACCGAAUAAUUGCAGCUAUUCCAAUCGUUUCAUAUUUCGUAGGAAUUCUAAAAAGAUAUUUCCAGCAAUAAACUUUUGCUGACCUUAGUAAUUAAUUUCUACUAAUGAAUUGCUAAGCAAUUUGAUUAUGUCUUAUCCAAAUAACUUACAAAUUGCGUUAUUCGUUCAAAAUUUCCAUAUACAGGGUGUGCCUCAUAAUUGGAGUAUACAUGUAUAUCACUAUGCUUCGCGCAGAAAUUUAAUUAAUCGUACUAUAAGUCUUAUAUCUAUUUCUUUUCUAUAUUAAUUCAAAAUUUUAUAAAGAACGCCUUUUAAAUUUUUAUUUCGAGCAAUAAUUGCAAAGUAAACUAAAUUAAUUUCGCACAAGCAAUUCUUCUAUUUAUGUGCUUGUCACUGUAUAUUCACUUAACUUUGCCUAAUGCAAAUUUUCGCCUAUCUUCUGUCGUGUUAAAGAUAUUUAGGUUUGAUUCGAUGCAAAUGACGUUUUCUACGUAUGUAAAUCUUAUGAUAUGAUAUUAUGAUCACCAUCGCGUUAUACUUCUCUUAUUCAAGAUUUACAACAAAUUAACAUUCUUUUCGAAUCCAAACGCAGUUGUUUUCCCUGAAACGUCAGAUUAUGUCAAAAUGUUUUUUUUUUUUGUCGAAUUAUAUAACGCGUUAAAUAAGGCUUUCCGUGACAGAGGAACUGGCCGUUUUACAAUAUCAUUGCCUUUGUUUCUGUUUGUAUUUCGCUCAUAUUUACACGUAGUAUAAACUCGGUUCGAUAAAUCUUGCUAAGAUAUUUAAUCAAUUUAUCAUUGUUAUAGCGGUCGACACGUCUCUUCGGAUAAAUUAACCUGGCAUAUGUCGGUGAAUUCUAUUUUUAAUCGUAGGUGCUGUAUGCAAUACAGUUAGUAAUUCACUUGUUCGUAAGACUGACGUACGUUUGCUGCGUCGCCUUUUGCAUGUAAGCGUAGUGUGUUGACGCGCACGUAUAUUUGCAUAUGCAUCGUGUGUAAGAAAUAAGUAUUUCUUUUAAUAUCCAUUUUGAAAGAUUCAAAUUGUUUCAAAUUUCUGUUUCAGCGAAUACCAGAAACUAUAAACUAAAGAGUUUCAAAUAGCCGUAGCACAAUUAGCGGUUCGUCCAAUUAGCGAUUAACCUGACUAACUCGAAAAUCUUUUCGCGUAUGACAAUAAUCGCUUAGUAUCUGUAUAACACAGAUGCGACGAAAGUUACACCGGCACGGCGGCACGUCGCCACAAAAAGAUAAUGCAUAUGCGUGUCCGUGUAUCUAGAGGCCAGCGCCGUGGUCACGCCGCGUAUAGUCCAGCUCUGGCUGCUGGCAAGUCUUCAUCAACGUAACCAUUCGUUUCGCUCCUUUAACGCACACGCACGUAUACAGAUACGUGGUGUACUUUUGCAACAGUGUGUAAAAGUUACAAGAGUUACUCAUCAUUGGCUACUGCACGAAACAGGAAAGUAAAGAGAAAAUCCGAAUAGGCGAAUUCAUUGGUACAGUCUGACAAGAAAGUCGCGGUCAAUUCUAAUUUUGUCAAUGACGCUUGGCUAGACAAGAGCUGCGAAACAUAGCGGACAACUGUGACGAUUUCGCGGGAAACGACACGGUGAAUUCUUAAUUCUUCGGUGUAACUCGAGAAUCACUGGUUUGAAGCUUUAGAAUGUUUCGUGAAUUUUCUGUAAUUACGCGAAGGAAGACAAAGACUGCUUCAAUUAUAGAUUUCAUAGAAAUAAUAUCAUAAGCCAUGAUUUUCUAAUUUUGAUACUGUCAACGUACUUAAGUACUGGAAUCUUCUAUUCUCUUCAUAUGGAAUUAAAUUCCUCGAAUUGUAAGGCUUACAAAAUAAAUUGUAUACGCUGAUUGAUACAUGUAUAGCGAUACAUCUUGUUGAAAUUUACAAAUUUCGUGUCACGUUCCGGAACACAUUCCGUAUGUAUCAAGAGUCCUUUUUUGUUAUUAUUUAUUAGGUACACUCACGGAAUAAACGAAGAGAUGCGAUUUGAUUGCUAUAAAUAACGCGCAAGGAGCCUACGGUGAUCGGUAAGAUGACGUUGCAUGUGAUGCCCUAAUGAAAAUGGUGUAAACCGUGAACGAACGAGGAGAAUUAACCUCGUAGACAAGGAUAGGUGGAGUGUAAUCAUCUUGCAUGGUUGUAUUUGUUAGAUAAGGCGCUCAUUCGCGAAAUAGCAACGCCUCGCCUCCCAGGAAACUUGCUGACAUGAAAAUUAUCGCCAUAAAUAGCAGAAAAAUAAUUAUGGAAAUAAGCCCUUCUAGGUUGAUCUAUCUAUAUGUAGUAUCAAAAUAUGGUCUAGAGCAAGGACAAGAAAGGAUGGUUUAUUUGAAGUUAAGUUUAGUUUUAUCCGUACAAGCAAUACCCAAAACAAAAACUGACUACAAUAUCUUCGUACGUCUUACGUCUCUUCAAGUCAAAAAUUGCUGACCCUCAACCCUCGCAUCCUUCUCCCACUCCUUUACUCAUUUAGCUUUGACGUCACCAAGGCAUACACCCUUACUCCUUACUUACACACUCUCUCUCUCUUUCUCUCUUCCCUAGCACUCUUACGAUUCUUAGUUUAUACCUUAAAUAUAUCUUUAUAAUUUGCUAAAACAUUUGACAUAAAUCAAUUGAUAAAACUUUCUGGAAUAGGUGAUAUAUCAAAGCAGAAAUUUUCCCCAUGCAUCUUGAACUUCUUUAAACUGAUUGUUUAUAGUCUUCCACUGUAAUAAGUUAUCGACGACUCAGUUGAAAUUAUAGGUUGAAGAUUAUUAUUUUUGGAAAAGAUUGAUUUGUUUUAAAAAUGUUGAUAGUCAUAAUGUUUUAUUAAAAUUUCGAUUAUCUUUUUUAUGGAAGCCAAGUUUUGAGUUUUAUAGGAAAAAAGGGACUUCGUUGUUUACUGAUAAAUUCUCCUAACACACUAGAUAAAUUUUAUAUUAGUUGUGUCAUCAUGUUGCAGAUUCGAUCGUGUAAUUAUCAACAAAGUAAUAGACAAUUUCUGUAUUUUCCUACACGAUAACGUUAUGCAAUUUCACGGAUUUCCCCGAACAUAUCUUCACUAUUAUUGUUCAUAAGUAUUAGAACACAUAUUUGUACAUACAAUACAUUUUUUUAAUUGAAAUACACUCAUACUAGUGUAAGUCAAAUUCUCAUAAUUUUAAUGCAAAUUGUUAUAAAAAUUUCGUUAUAUCUUUAUAAGUAAAAUGAAAGUUCAUGAAAGCUCAUAAAAAUGAAUUUAAAGAACUUGAGAGAUUCUAUGUGUUAGCAAAGAAAGAGAAAGAGGAAUUAUAUUUUGUAUGUAAAAGACUUCUGUGCAAUUCUUAUGCGAUCGAAAUGCGGUGUCAAUGGGUCAGUCGCAUGCAUGACACACUUUUAAUCAAUAUGAAAUGAUGUUUCAGUUACGUGUAAAGGUAGCAAACGCAUCUAAAUUUAACGAUUGUCGGCUUGUAACCAGCCCGCAUAUGUAUCAGCUAUAUCGCAAAUAGCGACGGCAUAAAGUUCAAUAUGCGCUUAGAAAUCCUCGAUUAAUUUUCAAAGGAAAAUUACACUUUAUGAUAUUCGAUUACUAUAGAUAAGAGAAGAUAAGUAAACUAUGUCGAAAGUUAAGUCUCCAAAUAUAUUUCUUUAAUAUUAGCUAAUACAUUUAGUUUGACAAUCAUAAUGUCUUUUACGGAACUUUUCUCUUUUAUAAUUUUACUUAAAAAAUAUCCGGAUAUCUAUAAAUAUUUCAAUAUAUUUUAAAAAAUAAAAAAAUGCUAGGAACAGUAUUUUAACUAAAAAGGUAGAAUAUGGCCUACUGUCGGAAAGUAUUCAGUUAUUAAAAAGGAGGAAGCUUUCGAAACUAUAAAGUUAGCUUUUAAUCUACUUGAAACGUAGUACUUAGUCCCGUCGCUAUCUGUAACACGCGCGUGGUCGAAGUGGCUCGUAUUUUCAUUUAUGCAAUGUCACUUGCGACUCGCGGCACACGAAUACUGAACUUUGAUACACUGACAACAACCAUCGACGAGCUGCGCAUCCAGACGUCGUUUCUAUUUCAAAACGUUGUAUGCUCUCAGUUGAGUACAUAGUUACACCGCGGCGCGUCUAGCAGACGAUUAUUUUCACGGUCACCUAGCAACGAAAUUCGAAAUAUGCACUUCUGGAAAGCAGUCAGGAUGACCCAGCCUAGUCGAUCGUUCCGUUGCACCGCAGCAUGCACUGCGCCUACGGCACCUCCGACAGGACCACCAACUUACGAGGGCCACGUGCCUUACAUAGGGGUUGUACCACCUCCGAAUCCUGUCCACUACAGACCGUUUUUGCGGCCUGAGAAUGCUCAUAUACCAGGCACGAGAAUACCAUCGAGCCCGGAUGGUCCUCCAGAACAUUCAACGUAGCCUCGGAAACGAUCGUGAUUUGAACCUACGUUUGGUAUGUGCUUACUAAAAAAUCAGCUGUGGAAAUGAGAUCAGUAUCAAAAUAGUUAUCAAACAGCGACAAAAUUGUGAAGAACGAAACUAGUACGAAUUUCCGGCAGAAACUUGGAGAGGGAUAAGUUUCCGUUUUAGAACGUAAAACGUUUUCUGUCUUUCCUCUACGUUCUAUUCUCUCCUUUCCUCUCACACCCUUAUUUCGUCUAGAUUGUUCGAAGCCGAAGUCGUAAUCGCAAAUCCGGCACACAUAAAACUGAUUCUAACCUAUAAAAUGCCCUUCCAUUCGAGAGCGAGUCAGACCGCAUCGCUUAGACCAGCAAAGUAUUUCUCGGUUCCUUUAUGUUCCCUUCUUCCGUUCCUUUCUCCUUCUUCUUCAUUCUACGUUCACUGUCUAUGGAACUCACUUCCUUGACAGUUUCCACGAUCGUCGUUGAAACUCUCGUAUUUCUUCAACAUUGUUUUAUUGCACUUUCUGAAUUUAGACAAAUUCUGCCGGAUGUGUAGCGUAGAGUCCUGUGCAUGCGCCAGAUACGUAUGCCACCAUUAAACGUAGUACUUUAUCGAAGAUUUCAUUAAAAUGUGAACGUGUCUUCUAUCAGGGUUCUGAUGUACAAUUAGUUGGAAAGUUUUGUAAUAUUCUGGUUUCUUCUGUUAAAUUUUCUUUUGGCUCUAACAAUUUGAAAUGACAAGAACUACGGAGCAUAUACUCGUAUUUCGAACUUAUUCACUUUAAUAUAUUCGACUGACCUUGUAUCAGACAGAAACCAUAAACCUCUCCAUAACAGAAAUAAAAGAAAUUCAUCAAUCUUAAUUUUAGGUAGAUAUUCUCAUAAGAUAAUAAAACUUGCCCCUCUAAUUUAAGAGACAAAACCACUCGAAGUCAUUCGUUUCAGAACAGAAUUACGUUUUUUUUUUUCAACAUUUGUUAAGGAAACUAUAUUAUUUUAAGAAAUUUAUUGAAAUUAAAAUACUUCUUUAGUUUUUUAACUUCUUUCCCAAACCAAUGAUACAUAUAUACGCGGAUAUUUCGAUACAAUUUUUUGUUUAAACUCAAUGAAAUAGCGUCUCGUAAUUGGAUUUUAUCGAGACCAGAAGCGGAGCGAUCGUGAAGAUAAGUUUCUACUGCGGAACGAAAUGAGACCAAACUGCAAGGAAAUGUGUAUGUAUACAUAUGUGUACCGUUUAUAGCGAGAAAUUUUCGAACCGGGACGAUGAUCUGACCAAUUUCAUCAAAGCGGCCGCUCCAAAUGAACCUCUGCUAACGCGGCAACUUAAAGGUGCGGACUCAGUUUUAACGAUGACAACACCAUAAAGAAUCAAAUUUACGAGUACUCUUCACUACCCUUCUUUGGGUGAUCAUCCCCACUUUACCGGUAUUCUUAGUUAGUUCUUUAGCCUUAGUGCAUCUCGGAGGAAUAUUCGUGUUCCACGAUGGGGUGAAAACGUGUCAGUCGUUGAUGAUUUUUCAUAUACGUUAUUGUUUCUAUAUGUAUGUUAUUUAAGUAAUUAUGCAGUUUGGUGAUUUCUCCCAGUUUUGUCUAUGUAACUCCAAUUCGUACAUCUGGAAUAUCAUUUAGUAACGUGACUACAAAAAUUUGAUACUACGCAAGUGAAAUGUAGAAUCUGAUAUAAAAAGGUUUCGUUGGAAGAUAAGAACAUGCGUAAUUAUUUCUUGUAGUCGCUGCACUUAUCUAAGCAAUGGAUGCUUUAUUACAAACUACUGAACCACUAAAGUCUAACAAGGUAAAUCGGCAAUCAAACAUGUUUCAUAUACACAGGUACAUACAUCAUUACAUAUAUCUAUUAUAUUACAGAAAUACGAUCUACCGAAUGCUUCAAAAUUUUUGGUAUUUGCGAUAAUUUAUCAUGAUUUAGAUCGUGUAAUAGUAAAAGAAAUCUGACAAGAGAGAUCACGGUGAUGUUGCGUCCGCCAUAGAAACGGUGAAUCAUGUGCGUCAGACGAGAGUACCGUUGGACGGUUGCCAAGUUUAAAUCUUUGACAGAGCUACUUCACUGAAAGAUUUCGCGAACAGAUACGAUAGGUCAAUCUUAUCUCGUUUAUGACAUGACAUUGAUGCUUUGUUUUAAAGAGGGAACGGAGUCAAUAAAUUCAGGACUAUAAAGGAUAUAUCCAGACUGACAUUUUUCUCCUCCAGGGAUGAUAUAAAGGCAACAAUCUGGGUAUCGUAAUUAAGAAACGAAAGCAGAUUUCUUUUCGUGUUUCUGUUGAUAAUACCGAAUUCAGAGCAAGCUCUUAUCUAUUCUUCUAUGGAAAUUGUAUUUAUGAAGCAAUUUGUUCGGGCUUAUUAACAUUUUGCGAAUGCAAGAAUAAGUUGUAUGUAAAUGUUAUUGAAUGCAGAACUUUUACCGAACGGAUGUUUUGUAUUGUAAAUGUAUGUACCUACGGUACUGUGCCGAUAUGUUAGACCUUUAUAAAGAAAGAUAAAGACAUUGUUUUAAUUUUCUUGGCAACAAGAGUAACUACAAACGACCAUAAACCAUAAAAGACCACAAAGAAGAUUAUUCAAAAAUUCACUUCUGCAAAGUCCAUUUUAUGUUUGUGGAAAUGUUAUGGAUACAUGUACGUACAUACAUAUAGACUGCAUUUAUGGGGAAUUUAAAGAUGCAAAAAUGCAUACAGUGUAUGUAGAAGAUACAUAAAAAUAUUUACAGCAAAGUAUCGAUAUGAUAUUUUGGUAGAUGGAACAAACCUCCUGGCUAGGAGAACGUACUCUUUUAUUAUUAUUAAAAAAUAUUUGAGAAAAGGAAGAAAUUGAUCGUUCCAAGGUCUCAAAUUCUACGACGGGGUUGAAUCAUCAUUGUACCUUUUGCACACAGAACAGAUCAAUGAACAAUAUGUUUGUAACAUAUGUCCACAGGGACAAUUCUUUUCAUUGCUGAUUCGAAUCGUCCGAGGCGUUUACGAGCGGGCCAAAGACACGGGGACCCGCGUAUCCUGGCGUAUCCUCGCGAGGAUUGUGUUUGUUUCGUGAUUCGCGAGACGAUUUCGACUUUGCUAGUGUCUGUCACAUAAACUCUGCUAGUUUAUUGCAGCCGAAGUAAAAUAAGUUGGAGUCAGGGGUGCGCCUCGCUUACGACUUCGCGGUGACGGAUAGAGAGGAAAGAACGGGAGGACGGACAGAGGAAGCGAAGCAAGGGGAAAAGGAGAGGAAAAAAUACCGCGAGUUGUAAAGCAAACCGCGUUUACGACCGUCGUUAAAUUCGUUCUGAGAGACCUGUCCGAUAACAUUGACGCUGCCAGCUGCAGAAAACAGAAGUAACCCUCUCUGCCGCGAUAUGCUUGCAAUUCUGAUCGAAUACUAUGAUCGAUGAGCUUUUAGUGCCUUUUCUUUUAAGACUUUUAUAUUUCUUCAUACGUAUAUUAAAGUAUACACAUUCUAUGAAUUGGAUAUUACAAUGCUGUUUUGAAAAAUGAAUACUAGGAUAAGAUAGGUUACGUUUUAACGUGAUAUAAAGCCAAUGAUAUGCAAAUUCUAUAAAUAUUUAAACGAAUGUGAAAUGAAUAUUAGUCAUUAUCAAUAUCUAGUUCGAAAUGCACGCGUAAUAGUUACGAUAUCUGAAUUUAAAAAAAAAAUUAAAAACAGAUGAAAGCUAUACUUUUACAUUAAUUUCAGUAGUAGAUGAUUAUAAAUAAUGUACAAUAGUUAAUCAAUUAAUAACUGAAGGUUAUAAUUGAUAUAUUUAAUCAUUAAUUGCGAUGUAACGUUUAAAUGAGCUAUUUGUUUAUUAAAAUUCUCUUUGUCUCGUGAAAUGAAUAUUUGAAUCUUUCCUUAGAUCUAACAGGUAUCGAAUGCUUCUUACAUUUCUACACUCGAUCAUUUAAUAAUUUCAUGAUGCUGAAACUUGUUUCAAAACCAACAAAUUCGAUAAAUUUUCAAUGAGAAUGGAAACUAGUAAACGGUAUCUGAAAACUGUACGAUAACAUAGAUCUCGGCGAAGGAAAACUUUAUUGCUCACAUAAAUUCUCUCUUAUAAUUUAAAUAAGCGUGCUCAAGAUUUACAACUGGACGUGUAGAAAAUAUCCUGUAAACGCGUUAAAGGGUUAUCGACGCGCGGACGCUAUAGCCGACGAAACGGCUUAUAUAUUUUAUCUGAUAUAAGUGUGCGACAAUAAAGAUCUAAUCGUUGUGUGCACAUUACAAGACAAAACCGCUGACUAUGAGCGUAUAUUUUUUUCGUUCAUGGGUAGUAAAAACGCUCAGAUUUAUGCCCCGUUCAUUGAUGAAUACCUUCGAUGUUACAAAAUAUUCAUUACGAUCGUUGAGUGCCUUGGGAUCACUUUUUAAUUUGAUAUACGGCUAUGUGUUAAAUCUUUUUAUCUUUUGUUGGGUUGAGUCGCGUCAGAAGUGGAAAUCUUUGCAUCAAAGAAUUGCAAAAGCAUUAAAUAUCAUGCUGCGAAUGUUCGGUAAAGAUCUGACAACUGACGAAUAAGAACUGAUAGCUGAUGAGAAGAAUAUGGCUUUUGGAAGAUGUAAAAAUAAUUUGGACUUGAGCAGUUAACAUUUUUCAUGUUUGUCAAUGACAGGCUUGUAAAUGCUUCCACGGUUAUAAAAAAUUUUAAGAUGCUAGGACAUGCGAAAUAUACGUACAUGGCAUAUAAAAAUAUAUUACGUAUUGAAAGUAAAAUAUGCUCUAUAACAUUUAAUAUUAAUGGAUAAAGCAAAUCCCUAUUAAGGCUGUAUUUCAUUACUUACAUUUAUAAAAAUGUUAAGUUAAAUAAACAUACGAUAUAGGAAUGAUCUUCUUCUAACAUCUUUCUUGCUGAAAAGUACAAAGAACGAUUAAUGCCAGACGUCGCACGUUUGUCGCACGUUUAUGAAAUAUAGUUUUUUUUCACGAAAAUUUAUUGCUGAAAUUAUGUUCCACGAUAUUUCUUCGGCUAAAAACAUUAAACUUUCGAAAUAUUUCAACACUUUAACGAGCUAUGAAAGGGGAAACUACUUGAUUGUACAACUUGUAAGAAAAACAAAAAUCCUGAUUGCGUUCCUUGCCGUGGAUUAUUGAAAUAUAAUUUAUAGGUGCAAUAAAAAUUAGUUUCAAAUUACACGUGUUGAAUUACCUAUAUUCGUAAGAAGAAAUGGAAAUGAUCGAGCCAGUUGUUCUGCGCUAAAUAGUUGGUGCGAUAAAAGAUUGAUAUUGUAAAUCACUUGUAAUUAAUUAUUAUAUGUUUAUUUUUGGAAAAAAUUUAUACGACUUUAGUCUCCAAUAGAUAUAUUUAAAUAUAGUACAGCUCUUUGUCUAUUUAUCGCACGAUAUAGGAAUUAUUUUUGCUUCGAGGAUUAUUAAUCUCUGAUACUUGGGCAUAACCAUUCUUAUGUAAAUAAAUUAUAAAUUUAUCAAUAAUGAAAUAAUUUAAUGAAUAAUGGCAUGAAACGUUGUUAUCUGAAGGUUCUGUUGUACGAUUAUGAAGUUUACUACUGGCGAGUGAUAUGACUUCCAGAUAAAUAUCUGUUAUUUAAAGACAUACGAAGUAAUAUAUUUGCAAUUAGUAUCCUGACACAUGCUUCUCUUUGUCAGAAUGUUAUUCAGUUCCACUCUACGAAAAAGGAGAUUUACAGAUAUUUUACCUUUAUCGUCGUUACAGCUAUGGUAGAAUAUUACUUAUAAUAAUAAAAUAUUAUGACAAUAUUAUGAAAUUGUUUUUUAAAAGUUAAUCUGUAAUAAAUUUUCAGUCGUAAUUGUCGAAGCUUGUGAAAUCAUUAUAUUGUUUAAAAAGCCCUUUAAUUUCAAAUUGUUUAAUUCUCUGAAUAAUAAGCUAGGAAAGAAAAAUCCUUCUACUGACACGAAGACUACUGACAUUAUUGCAAAUAUGUACAGAUAUAUAUAUAUAUUGACGAAUUGUAAUUUAGUUAUAAAUUAAUAUUUUGAUGGAAUCUAUAUUCAUAAAUCGCUAACUCCAGAAAAACUAGUAAGUAUUGUUGCUAAUCAUUAAUUUAUCAUUAAUUCGAAAAUUCGAUGUACCCCAAGGUAAGUGUCCCACCUAUGUAGCAUAAAAGGCAUCUAUAGUAAUAUUAGAUUGUUUAAAAAGUUGAUAGUGAAAUCUAAACCAAAAUUUUAAAGCUAAUAUAUUUUUAUAAAAUUAAUAGUUUAUUAAACAAUAUAUAUAUGCACCAAUAAUAGUUUAUGAGAUAAUAUUUUCGUCGGCAAUGAUCUUUGAAUCGGGUACUUGCAAGUUUCUAAAAUAUUAAUUUCUUUUAAACAAUCGGAAGUAUACAUCUCUUGUAUCUAAUACCAGAAAUGUAAAAAAUCUUCACGAUAAUUGUUGGUUCUAAACUUUUCGUUAUCUUAUUAUACUGUCAAAAGACAAUGAAUCAUUUCUUGGUCGUCAUAUCUGAAAGAGUUAGCCCCUUCAUCAACUCAAAGGAACCCUGGUCGAAUUAAAAAUAGAUUACUUAAACUCUGCAACAAAUUAAGAGAAAGAUUGGGACGGGUGUAUAAUAAAAGGCAAAUCUGAAAAUUGAAUUCAACUCGCGCAAAGUAAUUAAUGUGAGGAUCGUGAGAGAAAGGGAAAGAAAGAAAGAAAGAAAAACAGAGAUAAACGUUGUGAGACCUUGACGGCGAUCGUCGGCCCUAUUCUCUACGAAUGGAGGCGCAAUUCCCAAGACAAAGCAAUAAUUAACAGCAGCUAAGUGCGUGAGCCGACGCCGGCUCUUCUUCAUCCUCAUCAUCGUCGUGUCUUCCAUGUACAUGCGCCAAGAAUCAGGGAGCGUUAAGCAAUGUAACAGGCCUGACUCUGCUGGCAAAAGGAGUUUUACUACUUUCUAACCACAGUCGCGGGCUACAAUUAAACCCCCAUAAAACCUCGUCGUAACUUUUUUAAAAGCGACCGACCAUUCUCUCGCGCGUAUCCAAGCUCCCUUCGUUUGCUGGGCAAAAACCACGCUAUAUUGCAUCCUUAAUGAAGCCUCGAGACGUUAUGGGUAUCGACGUCUUCCGGUCAACCCAAAACCGCCAUGUUGCAGCGUUGCGUUGGUUUGGUCUCGGCCUUUCCUUUCGGCCUAAUGGUAAAGUCCAAAUUUCACGAAAACCUUAAAUUUCAGGAGCUUGGACUUUUAUAGCGAGUCCAAAACAGGAAUAUAAGAUUGUGCUACUGUACUAGAUUCAAUGAGCGGAGCGAAUAGGAUUGAACAUUUCAGCUAUUGUCUAAUGUCGCGUUGGCUUAAACCUUCUCAUUUAAAUAGGUAUUUGACAAAAAUUCUUGAUAAAUAACCCCCUUGCGAUUCUGUUAACUAGAAUCGAAUCUCGAUAAUCUUUUAUCAUGUCAUAAACCUUUAAAAGGCUACAAUUUUAUUCAUUUCGUACCGCUUCGCUCUGAAAACUUUUACAAGUAAUAUAAACUCACUCUAUCUCGAAUUGUUUUUCACGUAUUUAGAUUACUGUUACUUUACCUUCAUAAAUCGAAUUAGAAGAAGUUCGAUCGCUGCAAGUCAAAGUCAGACAGUUCUACAAUUCGAAAUAUGUAGCACGUAUACAUAUAUGCAGAUAUACACCUUAUAAUGAAAAAUCGGAAUCAACCAUAUUCUUGACCCUCGCAUCAACAUCCUUAGUGUCCUUAGAAAAUAAAUAGUUGACUUGUAAUAAUUGCAUAUGUCUUUCUUUAAGUUUGAACAAUGCGUAAAGUAUUGAUCUUUGCACAAAGCCUCCUUAAAUCGUUCUCGUUCGUUAAAUCCUUUAUUUGACAAAAUUUCCAUAACUCGAACAUUUUACUUCUUCCCUCGAGAUUCGAGUUAUCGACGUCCGGCUAUUCUAGGAUAUAUUCACAGUAAGAAACGCAACAAAGCAUUCCGUAAAACAUAUUUUUUUCGAAACAAAACCUGUCUUCUCAUCCGCGGCUAGAAGCCUGGCGCUAAACGUUCGAUCGCUUCGUACGAUUUUCAUCAUGCGGUCAUUCGCAGCGGGAAUCGUUCGAUUGCCACGUGAUUCGUCGACACAUAAACGUAGAUAAGAGAGGAAUCGCGGGAUGUAGAGCCACGAGACGUUCGCCACGAAAUUAGCUCCCGCAAGAGAGGACGCGAAGAAGAGAAGAAGAGCUAUUUUUUAAGACUCUGGCUAAGCAGGCUAUGGAGAAUCUCGAAACCGGCCAAUUUCUAGGGAUCUUGAAGCAGACAGCGUGCACGCAGUGGCUCGACGUGGGAGCUGGCGGUGGGCGGGCAGGGGACGUGUAAAAAGGCGAAGAAGAAGGUUAAAGAAGGAACCUGACAAGCAGCCGUGCGGGGCUUUAGCGGGGACUGACGUUUACGGCCCGGAGCGGUCGACCUAACGUCAGUAAAACUUAAGAAGAAAUACAAGCGAAGUCCGCAUCGACAGUUAAAGUCAUACGCGCGAAAAUACAACCGGGCUUCUAUGAAAUACGACGUCUGUUGAGCGCCUACCUUUGGCCAGCAACAGUCAACCGAGGUCCACCCAGGAUACGCGUCUCGUUAAUGAAAAGAACACCGCCUCCUACCGAUCCUCUCAUGGACGAUAAUCGAGUUCUAUGACCCAACGAAAUCGAAUGGCCACCCGCGAUCAAGAGAUCGUUACAACUUUCGUUGUCAACGAGAGGAAAUUCUGUGCUCGGUUUUUGAAGUCAGGAAUCGUGAAGAGAAUGCAAGAACUGUGAUCGCGUCUGUACGUCAAGGGAAACGUAAAACCAAAGGGUAUUCGAGCGAAGCGAAUAGUUGAUCGCUUCCUCGAGGCCACCUCUUUACUUCGUUGUUAGGAUUUCGAAGGAGACCGUGUAGAAAAUUGGACGCGCCUGUGGCUCUUCUAAGAGGCUGAGGAAUGCCAUAGAAAUAAAUUGGUAUUAGUUGAUCUUUUAUCGGUUUUUGUUAGCGCAUUGUCAUUUUCAAAGAAUAUUUCUUUAAUACUCGUAAUUAUGGGAAAGAAUUUUUUAGUCUGUAUAAACUAUAUUUGCUUACCUGUCAAAGAUUAAAAAUACUUAAAGUAGCAAUAAUGUUCAAAACAAGAUACACGUGUAUAUAGAAUUUGUUAAACGAGUUCUUAAAGAGUAAUCGUUCAUUCCGCCAUAAAGAUAUCAGACAGGAAACAUGACCGAGCAUUUGUUGCGAAUUAAGAGGUUGGUGUUCUAAAUGUACUUUUUAGAAUUAAAUAGGUAUGAUCGAGAAGGCGAUACAUAAUAAGAGCACGUAAGUAGGAAUAGUAAAAGGCAAAUCGAAAUGAUAGAUCUCGCUGUUUCGCAAUAUCUCUUAUUCUACAAAUGGGAGUAAAAUGAGAAUUUCAUUUGAUCAUGAUAAUUACAAACGUAUGUAUCCUCAUUACAAAUGUGCGAAUACGUACAUGUAAGAUAUUGCAUCUGCAGAUAACACGCAUUAUUUAUUAGUAGAUUGAGGAUCUUUAUGAAAAUUCAUGUUAUUACGAACGUAACUAGAGCAAUAAUAACCUAGUAAUAAAGUAAUAACCUAAAUAGAGGUUUGCUUCCUUUUUGUAAACAUUAUUGUAGACAUUUCGUAUAGUUUUGGAACUUGCAUGUAUCCUAUGCACAUUUUGCAUCUUUACAUUUGCCAUAAACGAGUAAAUAUCCGUAGUAUAUUUAUUAGAAAAAGAAACUAAGAACGUCACGAAGAAGGUUGGAUCUGUGGCCGAAGUGACCGGCGAUUCGCUAGGAUAGGUAUUAUUUGAAGCAUUCGUACUGAUUUUAUGGUCUUCCUGCCCCUUAUGGAGGACGCGAACGGGGUAGAAGUGAGAAUUCGCGAAGCACUUACCAGCAGACGAUAAACUUCCAGCCACCGACUCCACAACCGCCGUAACCGUUUCCAUUUUAGCUACGUGCCUGGAUGUGUCUUCUUCUCCUUAGAUCUCCUUUACGACCAGCCUCCUCUGGUCCUGAAAUCUGCCUAGAUCAAUCGUCGGAUGAAAGUCUUUGUCCAGGAACCAUUCAACCGUUCGGUUAUUGUGCUCUCAUGGUGUCAUUAGCACUAGAACUCCGGAUGCAGAUAUUUUGACUCCUGUUACCUUUCUCUGCGCUCAAUAUUUUGGUCCUCAGUCUAAAAACUUUGAUGCCUGACGGGUUUCUCGCAUUUUUGCUGAAACAUAAUGCAUAUCAAAUCCUAUUUUUAGUUUUUAAGUUUCAUCUUUAUAAGUAGUUCUAACUUGCGUUUUAAUAUUAAAAAAAAAAAAAAAGAAGUUGAAUUUGAUGUAAUGUCUUUACCUUAUUUAUAUAUCUCCUUGCCAUUAUAUGUUAAAUUGUUGUUAAAUACUCUAGUAUAAUUUCUACAAAUUUUGCUAAUAUUAAAAUGAGAUGUGGCGUAUCUGAGAUAUCGCAUUGGGUAAGAAAAUUAGGAGUACAGUUAUAAAUCAAAGUUUUAUGAGGCACUCCAUGGCCAGUUGGGAGAAGAAGGUCACUCUACAAAUGAAUGGAACAUGAACUGUGAAGCGAGAUAUAAUCGCAGGUAUCUCGGUUUCUCUGCCACUCUUUCAAUAGUUCUGUCUUCUUCCGAUCAUUUUUCGAUGUUCUCGUGGCUUAACUGUUUCAUCUUAACCCGCAAACAUCGAUGAAGCUUUUAUGACUUUGUAAUUACGAGCAGGGUCUGAAGUUAAAAUACCAUAACUGAGAAGAACCCUUCUUUUCUUUCUUUAAAUCGAUGCUAAGAUUAUUCGUCUCUCUUGCGGAUCUAUCAUUUACUCGUUUAAUUGAGAGAUCUUCUUCCGUUCGAUAAAUCGGUUAAUCCAACGAUAGUCAAGUACACCAGGGAAACGGAAAUUAUUUAAUAUUUAUGGUAUUACGAAUGAUGAUAUCAUGAAACUGUAAUUAGGUAGGAUUCUGUAUCUUUUUACUUAUUUAUUUAUAGAAACCAAGAUCAAGAUAUCUACGAAUUAGGAUUUUUUAAAUAAUUUCGAUAAUGGCAGUGCUUUCACGUGAUUUUCUCUUUGACAGUAACCAAAGAAUAUAUUUGGUAAUUAAAGGGAUGGCCGUUUAAGAUGAAACCGAUAUUCAAAGAACAAAGAUUAGUCAUAAUAAUGGAAAUUAAUCCCAACGAAUAAAUAAUUCUUUAAUUAGCUAAUUAAUCUUUGUUAGAACAGAUUUAUAUCGAUGGAAUGUAAAUUAGCAUACUGUCCAUCUCAUCACAAUACAAAAAGUUGUAUUUUUGUGUUUGUUAGACAAUUAAACGUAGAAAUUAAUCUAUAACAUAUUCAAUUCUAUCUCUGAAAUUCUAGAAACUUUUCUAUUCUAGAAAUUCUAGAAAUUUAUUUUAAUAAUUGUACAUAUUUAUAUCGCAUAAUCCGUAAAUAAGAUUUGAAUUUUAUUUAAAAAGACAUCGAAUUAAUUUACACAUCUAAUACAUUCACCGCACAUCUCCGUUUUAGCGCUCAGACUUGUCCCGUGGCUUUACGAUUCGUUUUCAUGACUUUUCAGUGCAAUGAGAUAGCGAAACCCUUCUUCCGUUUCAUCUUUCCUCUCUUUUCUCCUCUUCACAGCUGCGAAACGCUAGAGAUACUAUAGUUGAUUUUCUUUUAUGACUUUUUCAGUUUUACUCUUUCUUUCUUUCCUUUCUGUUUUUUACCCCCUUCCCUCCUUUUUCCUCCUUUCUCUCUCUCUCUCUCUCUCUCUCCCUCUCUUCCACUCCCCAUAUUUUUGAAGCAGUUUUAUUAAGGCACGCGUUCCGCGGAGAAAGACACGGGCAAUGGGCUAUAUAAUUUCUUUUUCUUUAACGACGUGUCGUUGGAGGCGUUGUUUAAAAAGAACGACACAGUGUUUAAUACUAACGAGACAGUGUCGUAUUUCUUCGUUGAUGAACAUAGAAAGACGAGGAGUACGUGUGUAAAUGAUUCUGUUGAUUGAUGUUUGUAAAGAAGUUAAACAUCAAGGAUUCAUUAAAAGGGAGAAAGAGUAAUUUUCUUUAGUGACGUUGUUUGAUGACGCAUAUAGUCGAAGAUAUUUUAGAACGAAUUGGUCUAAUUAAAUAAUUGAAGCUUAACUUAUCUAUAAAUUUAAAUUGUAUUUCUAUUAAAAUCAUAUAUCACUUGGUUAAAUUAUAAAUUCUAAUCUAUAAUGUCGUAGAAAAUUGAAAUUAAAUUAUAUUGGAAAGUCAAAGUAGCAUUAAUUCCACCAAUUUUAACGUAGAAAUUUAUAAUAAACAAGAAAAAGGAGUCAAAUGCAAACAGGCACAUGUAUAAAAUAUUAGACAUUGUUACGUUUAAAACAGAUACUAAUAAGACAAGAAAUGUGACUUGAAAGAAAUUGUAACUACAUGGUGCACAUUACAUAGACCAGGUUACUAAAUAUAUUUCUAAACAUCAGGUACUGUUCACAAUCUUCGCGUUCCAGAUUGAAAACAAAGCUCAUCAAAAUUGAUGAUUGUACUUUCUACACACCCUGUCGCAAAAUAAUGCAUAACUAAGAUGUCAAAUAAUUCUAUGCGACGAUCAUUCAAACGAUUUAUUCAACGAUAAUAAUGCUUAACAUUACCGAUUGUCAGUUUUUAAUCAAAAUUUAAUUCGAACGUUGACUUUAUGGAAUUAUAAGAUAUAAUUUUUAUAUCAUUUUCAUAAAUUACUAUGAAAAGAAAGAUUUUCGGAAAUUAUAGUACCACUUCAGAAAUGACAAUGAGAGAAAACAAUAAUUUCAAUCAUUCGUUAGCAUAAAAAUUGAGGUUUACACAUUUGCUGUUUUCUUUUACAAAUAUUCUAGUAAACCGACUAUUCUUUUAUAGACUGUUUUAUCUCAUGUAGAUUUAGAUAGCCCAGAAGCAGUCGGAAACUACAACAUUUGAUAUUUAAUCCAAAAAACAUUCAAUAGUUUUUACAAGUAGAAAUAAAAUUUUGAGCUACGUAGGUGAGUUAAAAAUGUGCAACAAUUGAUAUGUUCGUGUUACAUAAGCAGUACGAGUUCCAUUAACCGGUUCUUGUUUUCCUUCUAUCGUUCUUCAUUCUUCCGUUGACUGCCAUUUUACUUUUUUCGUUCAACCCGUGGUCUUUAUCUGCUCAUUUAUUCACUUUUCUGAAGAAUUCUCUACCAACUUCCGACAAAUACUGCAGAUUGUGUUGGAUUAUAUUCUAGAUUUGAAUGAUUUUUCCUUGUUCCUUUCAAGGAUUGAAUUCAUUGAAUUGUAAAUUUCUUGUUGGUUUCUUUUAAUUUUAGCGAGUGCAUUAUGAUUUGCGUUGUAUCCUGUUGCAUAAUCUCCCUUUUUAUUAUCUUGCCUUAUAACAGAUAAAUGUAAUAUAUAUAUAUAAUAUAAUAUAAUAUAAUAAUAUAAUAUACCUAUAUAUAAGACGACAAACAAUAAAUAGAAUAUACCAAUAUCUUUUUACGACAAAAAAGUAGGAUACCAUCUGUAUUUCGUUCAAUUUCUAAAAUCAAUCCAUAUCUUAUAAUCGCUGCAUAAAACUCACGAAAGACGCAGAGAACAAAUUUCAGUAAAUAACAGUAAAUAACCUAAACAUAAAUUUUAUGUUUUUUUACGUGCGGCAACGGCCGACCCGGUUCCCAAGAACACGGUGCCGAGAUUUUGGUGUCAGAAUGUUCCAGGAAGGACCGUGGAAAUUAUUAAAUGGGAGACGGUAGUUAACACGUAUUUUGCUUCACAUAUUCAUUUUCGGCGUCUUUAUGCACGAUCACGGAUUGGUCUUAAGACCACACGUUGGACACGGUUGUUAUCGAACGGACACGAACGACGAUUAAAAUGACUUCUUUAAAAAAGGGAUAAGGAGCGUCUACGAAAAUCCUUCAAGCGUCUAUCCGGUAGAAGGCGGUCUUUAUCGCUGUGAUGCUUUUCCAGACGUUAUACGUCGACGAGAUUCGUUUUACGAUGCGGCCAAGUUUUAGUGCCGAACGAGGUUCCGCUUCUCUAGCAUUUUCUGACUUUCGCCUUUUAGUUUAUUCCUUGGCCAUGGUAUUUUCGCGAAUACUGGCACGAAUCCCAAUUUACAAUAUCAUUGUGUGACUGUAAUCUUCGUCAAGGCAUAGAAAUAUUAAAAGACGGAUGAAUUUUUGCUAUGACGAAUAUACGGAAUAUUGCGAUGGGAAACAAUUGGAGAUACGAGCUUUAAAAUGGUUGUAAAAUGUUUUCUGGAUCUCGUUGAUAUUAUGUUUGCUUAUAAUUAUUUUUAUAAGAUAUUUUAGAUACUAUUUGAUACACUAUUUUGCAGAAAGCUAGAUAUGUGAUAUUCUGAAAUUGUUAGAAAAUAUUUUAUACGUCGUUUUAUAGAAACGUAAGUAUUAGAUUAUAUCCUAAAGAAUUUUAUUUUUAAUGCACUUUCUUUAUCAUUGCCCCAUGUUAAAAGUCUUUCUUUAUACUUGCAUGGGGUGAAAAAAAGUGUAGUUACAUAUUAUAAGCUUCAAAGGAAGCCAGAUAUGUUAUAGUUAACAUGUAAUUAGUAAUGGUAGUUAUAGUGAAAGAAAAUAUAAAAGAUUCUUCGAGCUUCGUAUUGCAAUAUUAAAUCGUUUUACGUACAAAACGGAAACUUCGAUAUUAAUUAAGUGUAGAAAACACUGGAUGCAUGUAAUUAAUUCGGUUGCACAUAAAAAAGUCCCAUCGAAGCGCAAAAUUAUUUGAGGUACUCGGUUCAUUUUUAUGUAAACUUCAUGUGGAAAUCACAAUUACUUAUAUUAUGAACGCGACUGGUCUUAAUUCACUAAGGUAAAGCAAAUUAUUUAGUUUACAGAAGACAUUUAUCUUCGAGAUAUAAAAGGCAUACUUAAAAUUCUCUCUACGCUCUACUUUGCACCGACUUAUAUCUACAUUGUCGUCGUAUUUUAUUUCUAUCUACUAUAACAGUCAAAACAAUAAUCGCAAAACAAACGACGGUAUUCGAUUAAAAUUAUUUAAUUAUUUCCAUCAGUUAACCCAAACUUAAAUGCCAAACAAAACCCUGCAUCAUCGCAUUAAAUCUACAAGCUGCAUGAAAAAUGUAUCUACCCUCAUCGCUUAAAUUCUCGAUAUGUAUCUAACCAGCCAAUCAUUCUCUGUGCCUACUAUCAACCAAGCAUAUCGAAGUUCGUCCAUUUAUCGUAUAUCGGAUAAAAGAGAGGAAAAGACGAAAAAUCUUAAAUUGGCGUGAUGCAUCCUGAAGAGGAACCAGCGUGUCUAGACUUUCGAAAAAGUCAGCUACGAUCCUUUGCCGCUGGUGUGCUGAGCAAGAAACCGAGUCUGGUCUGGCCGGGUGAAUGGCGGGUGGGUGCACGUAUGAAAACUAAGUCCGGGUUUCAUUUGACUGGCUUUACGAGGGAGACAUAAAAUGGAUUUUACUGUCGGCUAGUUCGCCAGUUCUCAAAUCGAUAAACGACCAGUGAAGUAAAACGUUUGGAAGAACAGAUCGAACCCAAAGAGAAUAUGGCGAAGAAGAAAAGAAGAAGAAGGGGAAUAAGCGUACGUAAAGGAUCUUUGAGGAGGGAAACAACGAGCGAGAGGAAUCGCUCCUCCAUCUCUUCUCCAUGGAGAAUGUUCUCCAUUUUAUCCUAAUGUGCAUUCUCAGAACAGUCGGAUUCGCCAAUCCACCACUCGAAUGCCGAGUUCACUAUUAAGUGGAACCUUUAUACUUUUUGGGAAUAGCCUCCGGCUAUAUUGUUUGGUUCUCUCGUGUCGAUAUUUAUCCGUAAUAUAAUAGGCGAGAAAUUUAGUUGUUCGAUACCACGAAUGAAUUGACACGAGAAAGUCUCGCCGACGGUAAGGCGAAAUUAGGAUUAAGAGAACUAAAUUUUCUUACUGUUUCGGAAGAAAGGAAGGAAAUACGAGAGCCUCCGAACGAUAGAAAAGGAUGCGUAUCAUUCACGGACGAUCGAUCAAGGAUUCAUCGAAAAUGCUCCAUGGUCCCUCUCCCGUUCGAACAACAGCGUUGCGAUUCGAGUGCCGUGUUCCGAACACAAAAGAAAUUCAGUUGCAAACAAAAUCCAUAGAGCAAGAGAGCGAGAAAAGAGAGGAAGAGAGAGAGAGAGAGAGAGAGAGAGAGAGAGAGAAUGAAAUGCAAGAGAAUACGUUGUGUUCCGCAGGGUUCUUCCCGUUGUUGUUUUUUUCUACGCUGAUCGAGAGAACAAGAAAAUCAUAAAGGUUUUUGUGAGUGGAUAGUGGGAUGCCGAGGUUCAUGGACAGCCUAUACCUCGGGUACCUCUCGUCCUUGCACGUCCUUCGGUUCGUUAAUCGAAUCUUGCUCGCUCCUUCUUUCUCUUGUUAUAUUUCAUUUUCUCUUCUCUUUACGUUUUUCUUUUCCUUCCCAUUUUCAAUUUGUUCCUUUCGUUAAAUAGUUUCCCUUCGAGUUAUUCUCUUCUCUCUUGCUCUCAGCGCAGAAUAACAGAGCGCAUCAUGUUGUCAAGACAGGAAACGAGGAACGCAUGUUGGAGCUUGUUCAUAAGAUUACGAGAGACGGCCAUCGCCGACCGGUUGCUAAAGCUCAGUCGCCCGUGAACGAGAUCGCUCGACAGUCUUUUCGAUGAUCAAGUGUCAUCGUGUGCUAUAAAACUCGCAUGUACGGCCGACCGAGUUCCUCUGACUUGGACUACAUAUUUUGAAACUCUUCGUCGUGCUCGGUUCCGCCUCGUAGUUUCCCUCAUUUCCACAGGAAAGUGCUUUCGUUCUGUUCUCGGUAGAUGACAAGUGUCGAUGAUCACGGUUAUUGCCGACCCUUGAUACACGCACGAUGACGUGAUUCCAAGAAACAUACUAUCUUCUCACGUUCGCUACAACCCUUACCUCGACAAAUUUGUAACGUGAUAUCUCCAACUAUGUUCCUUUGAUAAUCAUGUUAAUCUUGGAUGCUUAAUAUGAACUACUAUGGUACCAAUCGAACGAAAGGCAAGCGAACAAUGAGAAAAGAAGGUGAGGCAAGUGACGCGUUGGAAGAUUCGUAGCGAAUGAUAAUAUAUACGUGCUCGCUUAAAUUUCAACAAAUCGGGAGUGCGGAUUGUAGCUUUCAAAGAAGAAUGGGUAACGAUUUUAUCCUACGAAUAUUCGUUCCUAUUUCAAUAACCUCGAAUCCCUCGGCUAGAAAAAGGAAUGAAUCUAGCGAGAACAAGCGAAACAAAUAUAUUUCUCAUUUAUUUUCGCUAUUUUCUAUUCGCUUCUUUCACAAAUAGAUUUAGAUUACGCGAUUGAAACAGUUUGGUAGAGUUCGAGUAACGGGCAGUAGCGGAACUGGCUGAUUUGAAUUUAGGUGAAACAAUUCUAUUGGAAUCUAAGCGAGCACUGUUGUACAGAUGUGCGAAUGAACAACGUAAUUAAAAACAAGGUAGAAAAUGGUGUAUUUGAGAGUAAAAUGGGCGGAUUGAAAGGAGAUCGCGCGACUAAUUAAAUGCGUGCGUGCAUGUUCCCGUGAUUUAACCGCGGACACUUACAUAUGUAAGCAUUAAGGUCUCAUUUUGCGGGCGAAUCUUGCGAUCUUGUUGCGUGAUUUUCGUUCCAUCAAAGAGCAACGAUCGUCGACGAAUUUCAGCUAGUCACACGCUUGGUUGGAGUCGGAUCUUAAAGAAAACCGAUUUCGAUGGGAAAUCCAGACAGAGCGUUGAGGAUUGCUUUAAAACUGCCGACAUAUUUGAUAUGUUAUGGUUUAAUUGCAUCGUGUGAUUCCAGUAGUUCCUUUGCUCGAUUCGGUAUAAUAUACGAAUUCUCUGUGUUUAUUCGGAUCGGGCAAGUUUCGAAGUAUGCGCGAACCUGGUUCAGUUAUGUUUAGCCAGAGAGCUUUCCGUUGUUGCCAAACGUGCUAUUAUAUGCGAAGAUCGAUCAUAAACAUGUUUGUAUUACGCGGAAUAGUAGAGCUCGCAGCACGUUUUCUAUGAAGCGAUAGAUUAUACUGACGCGAAUGUUCGCAUCCUAAACCUACGGGUAAAGAGAUACACGGACGCGCAAUCAAGAAAUAGGUGGAUAUUUUAGUUGCACGGACGUGAUGUGACAAAACGUUGGCUGAAAAACUGGUCGUUCCAUUUCUCGGCAAAUUAAUUUUCAAAUAAGAACACCGAGAGCUGUCUCUUCGAUAUGCUGUUUCAUUCUUACCUCCCUUUUUUCCUCCGCACUCCGCCUCGCGUCGGUUGGUAUUCUCCUCUUCUUUCCUUGUGAGAGACACACCAUGAUCCUUCUUUCACCCCUUCCUCCGUACCUUCGUUCCUUUUUUCUAUUUUUCUCUCUUGCUUUACCUUCUUUUUUCAUAUCCAUACCGCGGAGAACACGUUCCGAGCAAAAAUCUGAUGUCGAAACCUAAUUGGUUGUUAUCCGUACAGAGCUUAAUGACUUGCUCCGAAAUGACUCGCAUUUAAACGAAUUUGCACUCCUAUAACGAGUAUGCGUGCCAUUGACGCUUACCACUUCAGAAUCAAUGCGCAUCAUCGGUCUGUGCAUUUCAUUUACGCGCCAACGCGUACAGGUAUUUUUCUCUUUACUUCCACGAAAUGUAAUUGCACCCACGGACAGAGAAUUCGAUCAAAGAAACGGUCUACCGAUAGAUUGAAUUCGAUCUAGUUGAAUUAUUAUUGAGCAGAUAUGCGGAAUUUGUUCAUAAUCGGUAAUUGAAUAUGUAUAUCGAGCAAAAGAAAUACAGAUCGAGAAUGUAGAAAACGAGAAUAAUCUAAGCGUAUUAAUGAUGUUACGAGGAUUGAUCAUGGAUGUACGAGCACUGGUCACGUUUCGAAUGCGUGUGCAUGUAUAAAAUUACGCCAUGAAAUUAAGAAAAUGGCGUGUUUCGUGACUGGUAUACCGGAAAUGACACGGUCGUACGCUCAAAGUAAAACGAACGGAUAAAUCCAACCUUCUCUUGCGAAUGAAUUGUGGGGAAGAACGAUUGCGGUUAAAAUAUCUUGAUGGAUCUGACAAAAAGCUACGGAGGUGGUCGAUAUCGGAGGAAAUAUCUUAAUUUCGCAAUUUUUUCUUUCUUUCCUUUUCUGUUUGUUUUUUUUUUUUUCAAAGAAAGAAAUCAAUACAUGAAAGUCGCUGAGGUGCAAAAUGUAUUCAGAGAAUUUUGUGAUCGGUUUGUAAGCAUUCUUUAUUAUUUGUUUGUGUUCAUUCGGCUUUUGCGAGACUUCUGAAUGAUUUAAAUUUAACGAACGACGGGUUCUGUUUUACAGGAUAGUCCACUAAGAAAGAGGACUGUUUAGAAGAUUGAAUUUAGAGACUACAAUAAAUCUCAUCCGAUUUGAAAUCCUUGAAAUAAUUAUCUAAUCCACACAUUCUAUUAAUCUGUAAAUUAUUGUGACAGCAUUGAAUUUUAUAGAUAAAGCGUGAAAAUGUUUAUAUCGUUACGAAUGUUACAGAGGUGGUUCAGUUUGUAUGCUAGAAAAUUAUUUUUACAUUGAAUUUUUUAAGUUUUUCGUAUAGGUAAUAUUUCCUGUUUUUUAUUCAAUGUGCACUUGCUGUGAAAAGGAUUUUCAAUAUGAAGCUUAAGUUUUUACAUCUGGUAUACAUUUAUGUAAAUUUUUAGAAAGUUUAUGCGAAAAAUACAGUUCUAUGCAGGAACUUUUCAAUUGUGCACUCGAGGUUCGUAAAUUUGAUUUCGUGACUGAAACGUUGCGUUAUUAGUCGAAAAUUUAUUGCUCGUUAGAAGCUUUCCCAUAUUAAUUUAGAACCAUACAAGUGUAAUAUCUACCUAAAAUAAGUAGUAUAUGUUAUCGGAAUAAAAAUAAUUUUGUUAUAAAGGAAAAAUCGAUAAGGAACAAUUUUACAUAUAUGAUAUUAGUAUUAAUCUUCUAUAAAAAAAAUUAAUUCACAAUAUAAUUUCAAAACUUUCAAAAUUCUUAGGCAUUUCUUUAUUAUUUAAGAAUUGUGAUUAUUUAUAUUUACUUGUUACGAUUUUUCGUGACAUUGUUUCUGCGUUAAUGAAACUAUUGAAAAUAUCAUUCUCAUAAUUUAUGAAUAAAAUAAUUAAUUAGUAUGGUUUCCCCAGUCGUCGACAUAAAUUAAUUCUAUUGUAAAAAAUGUUUGUAAAUAGAAAUUACAGAUACAACGCAAGAUGCAGGUUGGCGUUGUAAUAUAUUCAUUCUGAAGUUCAAUCAAGAAAAUAUGCAUGUAUAACACACGUUUCCAAAUCCAUUCUGUUCGAGUAGUUACUGUCAUAUGGAAAGUUAUGCGAUGAGCUAUGGAACGUUCUAAGUGUCAAUUUGAUUUGGCAUGUAUCAUUGAAAAUACCACCUCGAGGCAUUCGUAUUGGUUUCUGAAUAAAGGUGGAGUCGCAGGUACGACACGAUACACCUUGCGAUUCAUACACCCUGCUGUUUUGUCGUCUUAAUGCUUCUUUUCUCUAAUGAUAUGUCAGAUGUUUCGUGCACAUCCGAGCCCAGUAAUGUUUAGCAUAAACGAUCGGAACACGGAGGGAAACGAAUUAAUGCCCAGUAAUUUCGUGCUUCAGAUAGCUCGUUGCCUAAAACCCUCAACUUCAAUGGAAAACUUUUGACAUCGGCGCGGUUCCAGAUGUUGAAAGAAAAUUGAAAGAUAUUGAAGAGAGAAAGAAAUUCGCUGGAGUGCGCUCCCUUAAACAGAAAUAUGCUUUACGUUCACGCCUUCGGUAAUAAAAUUUUACGUGUUAUCGAUGAGCAAAAAUUACUAUGGUAUGCACGGAGAAGCGUCCAGAUAGUGUUACGUAUAUUAUAGCGUGAGGGAAAGGCGGGAGCUGCAGACUCAAUGUGAAGAUACGAUGAUCUAAUGGAAAAAAUAUACGUUACAAAGGAAUAUUAUUUAAUACUAUAUAGAAUACUAUUUAAUACUAUAUUACUAUAAGAAAUACAUUAUAUAUAAUAUAUAAUGAGAGUGUAAAAAAUUUUCUCUUCGGAAAUAUUUAGUUUAUUAAGGAAUAAACUUGACCUCGUUAUACAGGAUAAGAGAAAACUCAGCGAACAUUGACUUGAGUUUCGUUUUAAUAUGUAAAGCGUGCUUUCCUUUAAUUUUUCUUUUGUCAAGUAAGGUGGAUUGUUUCAGUUUUUUGUAAAUAGGCUAUUUAAUUAAAGUGACCAAGAUCCCUUAA